AUGGUUAGAAUACUCGAGCCUGUACCUACACAACCAGUACAAGCGCCGCCAAGGAAGGAAGACAAUACGACUCGAACAGUCCUCAUAAUUACCAUUCCACUUGCUUUAUGUCUAAUACUAGCUCUUUCCAUUCUGACCUUCCUAAGAUUGAAACAAAACCAUAAACGAAGUGAGAAACUUGAAAUUGGUCAAGCGGACGAUGAGAUUAUUACUGUUGAAUACUUAAAAGAUAAGAGGCAAGGUGGUUUUGGUGCCAUUUACAAGCAAGGACUCUUGAAUGGAAACGAAACUGCAGUGAAAAUGUUGUCGAGGGAUUCAGAUUAUGACGAUUGUCGUGUAGUUGAUGCAAAUCAUGAGGAAAGCCUGGUCAAAAAUAUAAAAGAAGAGUGCAUGAAAGAAUGCAAAGAAAUGUACUCGCAACAAAUGAAAUCAUUUGGAGAUCAGCUCACUAUUAUGAACUCUCAAAUUGAUUUUCUGCAAUCUCAGUUAGCUUGA